GUGAAAAUGUACUCGCAACGCCUCUCGCGGGUAUCGCCGUACCUCUCGAAUGGGUCCCUUUCACCGCGACGGUUCUACGAGAUGCUGCGGCGUUAUGCCACCGAGAAUCUGCGGGAUAAUUUUGUGCAAAUGCAAUACCGUGAGGCACUCCUCCGGUUGAGUCGACGUGAUUAUUGGCACUGGAUGGGCUUGCGUUACGGGACACUGCUCUUUUUCCCGUAUGGCCCACGACCCGAACAAACCGACAACAUCCCCGACUGGCGUCAUGAUGAAAAAAUUGUGCAGAAGUGGUGUGCAGGACUCACUGGCGUGCCUUUUGCGGAUGCGGCAAUGCGGGAACUGUUGACGACUGGUUUUGUUGCCCACGAGGGACGACAGGCGUUGGCCUGGUUGUUGACACGCGGCUAUGGACAAGACUGGCGCCUUGGGGCGGAGUGGUUGGAACGCUGCUCGCUCGACUACGAUCCGUUUCUCUGUUACGGCAAUUUUGCAUACUUCAGUGAACUUAUCUUGGAUGACUUUGGUGAACCAGUGCGCAGUGUUCAUUGGCUUGCCCACCACCAUGACCAGACAGGCAUCUACGUUAAGAAAUGGCUCCCGCUGCUAAGUAAGAUCCCGCCUGUGUACAUUCACAGGCCGCAUGUGCUUACGCCGAGGAUGCAGGCCAUGCACGGUGUGAGACUGGGUAAAACCUACCCGUAUCCGCUGAAGUUGUGGGAUGGGGCGCAGUACAUGUUAGGCAGUGACGAGCUCACGACGUACUUUGACGACUCAAGUGCAUGGCAUCGGAAGACGAAGAGUGGCGCAGGAGGCCCAGGCCAUGCGGAGGCUCUACGCCACGGAAAGGCGAUCAUGAAGGUCAGAGAAUGGAACGCCGCCAUCUUGCCAGAGGAGGUUGCCCAACGUCCAUGGGCGCAUCACCUUCCCGCAUCUGCCUUUGAGAGUAGUGAAGACGAGGUGGAAACGCUUCAAAUGAGGCAGCGGAACCAAAAUCAGCCAACACGACAUGGGCAGCUUUCUCUCUGA